UAGCAUUGUCGUUUCAUAGGGCUAGGUGGAAUGGUCCAGGCCUCCAGGCAAGCUCUCUUUGUAUUUCAUCUCACGAUAAAUCGAAUAAAGUACAUGGGAUGAAUGGAUUUACUGUCAAAGAGAACGUUCGAAAGUUGGAAGGAAUAUUGCCUCAAAAGAAACUACACAGAUGCAGUAUGCAGUUGCAAUCUACAACCGCGAGAAAUAUCUUCAAAUCGACCACUGGAGCGAUUUCUUUGAAUGAGUGUUUUUUGUUGAUGUUUUGAAUAAUACGAAGAACAUUACGGAUCGCAUCUGAGUAUUUAUUAACGUAUGGUACUGACUCAUCGGCAAGAUAGGUGCAUUUAGUCACUUUAUUUACUAAAUGAAUUUGUUUUGAUCAAUACUUAUCAUGGGAAUCUUUUUUAUCGUGCCUGUCAUAAAUGGGACCUAUAAACCUCUAGUUAACAGUGUUUUUUAAAUUCAUUCGAGAAUGAUGGUAUAAUCGCGAAAAAUCAAGCAUGUUCAAUGUUACUGACGACAUAACUGUUAUCAAGUAUCCCAAAUUUGCUACAGUGGUUGCCUCAAUUUGCUCCAUUCUUUUUUGUGUUGUUGGUGUUAUAGGAAACUCUGUCACCAUAUUGGCUUUAUGCAGAUGUCCCAAACUAAGGUCGCAUGCAACCACUGCAUUCGUAUUAUCAUUAUGCAUAUCGGAUUUACUGUUUUGUUCUGUAAAUCUUCCACUUACAACAGUUAGGUAUAUCAAUGAAGAAUGGACACUUGGAGAUGCUCUCUGCAAACUAUUUCCAGUUUUGUUUUAUGGGAAUGUUGCUGUAUCGCUUCUUAACAUGGUGGCUAUCACUUUAAGCAGAUACAUUCUUAUAGCUUAUUCUAAAUACUAUGAGCAACUGUAUUCCAAGACUGCAAUAUGGGUUCAAAUUAUAGCUGUUUGGGGAAUUGCAAUCCUUAUAAUGUUACCUCCUUCAUUGGAAAUUUGGGGUAGGUUGGGACUGAACCCUUCGACUUUUUCGUGUACAAUUCUAGAAAAGGAUGGAAGUUCACCAAAGAAAGUACUAUUCCUCAUUGGUUUCGUUCUGCCUUGCGUAGUUAUAAUAAUUUCUUAUUCUUGUAUAUAUUGGAAAGUUAGAAUGUCGAGAUUAAAUUUGUUGAAGCACCAGUCCGUAAAUAAAAAAGACAGGAUGACUCAGAAGAGAGAAAAAGAUGAUAAUAGACUGACGAAGCUAAUGCUUAUAAUAUUUGUUUGUUUCUUGUGCUGUUUUUUACCACUUAUGAUGAUGAACGUAUUUGAUGAUGAUGUUGCUUACCCGUCGCUCCACGUUUUGGCAUCAAUUCUGGCUUGGGCAUCAAGCGUCGUCAACCCUUUCAUUUACGCAGCAAGCAACCGUCAGUAUCGAUCGGCUUAUUCUAAACUGUUUCGUAUAUUUCAAUCUGUCGUCACCGUCUCAAAGCCAGGUUCAGGAUCUACAGAUUUCAGGGCGAUUGAAAAAAAUGGGCAGCAGUGUACUUCGAAAGCUAAUCUAGACCUUAGUUGAAACCUUAGAGUAACAGUUGUUACCCUUUGUUGAAACGUUCCGAAGGCCAUUUUUUUAUAUUUCAUGAGUUAAUACUCAAUGGCACGUUAAUCAAAUAAUAGAAUCUACUUCUUUAUACGUAUUAGAGACCAUAACGUUCGUGAUGAACGCAAACAUAUAUUUUUCAAUGUAGAACUUUUCCCAAAAAAUGAAUAAAGAAUAUGAAUAUUA